CCACGAAACAGCACUUAGGCGCAUAGCAACUCUUGCGCUAUAUCCUGCUGCUGAAGAUGUUCGGCAUUGUCAUCAGCUGUUGCCUCUGGAAUGACUGCUACUUGAAACGGCAAUCUUGGGAGGGAGAUGCUGACCUUCACUUGCAACACGAUUCUCACUAUCAGAAGGUGUCAUUACCACAUGCGGCCGCCAUCAUCCACAACAAUCACAUAUGUCAUCCAUCAAUCAUACGACAACAACAACAACAGCUGAGGUUCAAUCCUCUGCAUCAGCUAAUCACUUUCACACCAGCAAAUUCAUCAACAAUUAUCGGUCUCUUGAUAGACGCGCCCCUGUGGAAAGGUGGUCUGGUCACUAUCAGAGGCUGGAGGAAGGCAGAAGGUGGAAAGGAGGGAGGAGAUGUAUGAAAUUGGUAAGUCGCAAACUCCAACACCGUCAGAUCGUGAUUCUUUUUUGCUUAGGCGCUUCCUUGCUGGUUUUUUUUUUGGUGAGUGACAAUCCCGUCCGCCGAAAAUCGCCAUGCUCCAGCUCGACCUUCGUGAUGUCCAACACACCUUCAGUCUUCCAACGCGAUCUUCGUUCUCGAGAAUGUUCUCCAUUGUCUCCGUGGUCAGUCAACAUCGCGUUCUUUGUCUCGCGCUCUGAGACAAGACAACACAUUGUCAAAAUCAUUCGUUUCCACCUCCACACAAAGAAACAUCAAAGAAGGAAAGAACAAUGACUUGUUCACGAACUUUCACCAACAGAAGCACCUCGACCUUCGUAGAAACAUAUAUAACCACCCACAUUCUAAUUUCAAGCUCCACAUCUCCAUCCAGAAACACCCCGACACGCAGAGA